AGAGAGAGAGAGAGGCUGCCUCCAUGAAGAGAGAGUUGGGCGUGGGCUGGGGAGGGGAAGGCUGAGCACCUCCCCUCGUUCACCAAAAACCCAUCAUUCCAAGACAGACAACUAGCCAGCGCGCCAGCCCUCUGAUCCACAUCAGGUCUCUCUCCUCUGGCCGCAGCCAUGUCAUCGAGGUUCCCCGUCGGCCCUACGGAGACAGAACGGUGUAUAGAGUCGCUCCUGGCCGUUUUCCAGCGCUAUGCCUCCCGUGACGGGCAAGCCAAUACCCUCUCCAAGAAGGAAUUCUUGACCUUCAUGAACACAGAAUUGGCAUCGUUCACAAAGAACCAGAAAGACCCAGGUGUCGUAGACCGCAUGAUGAAGAAACUGGACAUAAACUCCGACGGCUUGCUGGACUUCGGCGAGUUCUUGAACCUGAUUGGGGGCCUCGCCCAAGCUUGCCACGAACACGUGUUGAAGGCCUCCACCGGUGGCAACCCUCAAAGGCCGUGAUCAUGCCUCGUCUCAGACCAACAUCAACACAAACAUUCCCAAACGUAGCAUUCACGUAAGACUACAACAAACGGCAAAGCAUAUCCUGCAACCAUCAUCUUUGUCUUCUUUUGUAUUUUUCUCAAUAAAAUCAACAUGUUCUCAAA